AUGGGUUUUUCGUGGAUUCCCAAGUGCGAGUUCGUUCGCUUUUGUCAUGGGCACGAGGCAGCCGAGGAAACAAUCAAAGAAGUUUGGGACAACCAAGAGAAUCAGUAUGCAGCCUGGGCUGAGAAUCAGCCCGGGUCCGGAGGACGCAGUCGUGGUACUACGCCAUGUCCAUUGAACGCCUCCUUAGGCCGCCUUCGGCAACGGAGAGCCACUUCGCGCCUACGGACCCCAAGUGUUAGGGGUUCCUCUCUGACUUCCGAUACCAACAGCACAUCUCCACCGUCGCCACGGAACAACCGGGCAGGCACCAGAUUCAACCCCGUCAGUCUUGACGAGGAACCUGACGAUGUCAUUUCUCCAACCAGGCCAAAAUCAGGACCUGUCAAUGCUGCGUCGAAUGAAUCUGACAACCACAACUCAGCCGAAGCUCGGGGUCAGACUCCCACCGUCAAAUUUAGUGAGGCGGAUUUCAUGCAGACAAGAGGAAUGAAAGAAGGUUGGAAGGACUUGACUCCUUCAGAAAGAGAGGCCCGAGAAGUUGUUGCCGAGGCUCUAUACAAGGUUUACAGAGAGACCAUGCUGCAGAACAACGGAGAAGAGGUCCAAGGACUGAUUGCCUCUGAGGGUGUGGAGGAGCUUUGA